AUGCCACAUCAGCUUGAACAGAUACCCAUUCCAAUAUUUAGCUGUCUACCUACGUUACCAGAGGAUAAUAGCGAAACGUUAUGUAACGAACUACAGACUAAUAGAUUUGAGGAAGACGAUAGUGAUUUUGAAGAGGAGUCAACACGUCCUGAGCUCUUUACUCAGAAAGAGCUAAGUGAUCUUAUCAGAGAUAUGAACCUUCCGAUUCUUCCGAGUUACUUGCCUCCAAACUAA